AUGCCUGGUGGCCCCGAGAAGAGGGCAUCGCACGGCGAUGCUCCGCUCACACAGUCCCGUGAGACGGGCGAUAUCAACCCCGAAUCACGGCAAGGUGAUCCGAUAGUAAACCGCGCCAAGGCAACACCCUUCGCGAUGUCAUGGGCGCACAUGGUGGCCGGCGGGAUAGGCGGCAUGACGGCGGCGACCCUGACCGCUCCGCUUGAUGUCCUCAAGACAAGACUACAGUCCGACUUCUACCAAGCACAGCUGAAGGCGUCAAGAGCGGCGCAUGCUGGCAUGAACCCGAUCCGGGCCGUCACGUUCCACUUCGGCGAGACUGCCUCCAUUCUCGCCUCCGUCUACCGGCAGGAAGGGCCCCGUGCGCUCUUCAAGGGCCUCGGCCCAAACCUAGUUGGCGUCAUCCCCGCCCGCUCAAUCAACUUCUACACCUACGGCAACGGCAAGCGCAUCAUCGGCGAGUACCUCAAUGUCGACAAGGACUCAGCCUGGGUGCACCUCAGCGCGGGCGCCGUGGCCGGCAUUGUUACCAGCACCGCGACAAACCCCAUCUGGAUGGUCAAGACCCGCCUACAGCUCGACAAGAAUAUGGCUAUAGAGAGCGGCAGCAUCGCGAAGCGGCGGUACAGGAACAGCAUUGACUGCAUCCGCCAGGUGCUGCGCGACGAGGGCAUUCGUGGCCUGUACAAGGGCAUGAGUGCGAGUUACCUCGGCGUGGUGGAGUCCACCAUGCAUUGGAUGCUCUACGAGCAGAUCAAGCGGGCGCUGGUCAAGAGAGAGGAGCGCCUCGCACUCAGCGGCAGGCCAAAGAACUGGUGGGACCACACGGUCGACUGGACGGGCAAGUUUGGCGCUGCGGGCUUUGCCAAGUUUGUUGCGGCCGUUGUGAGCUAUCCGCACGAGGUCGCCCGCACCCGUCUGCGGCAAGCACCCCUGGCCGAUGGCCGGCCCAAGUACACCGGCCUCGUCCAAUGCUUCAAGCUGGUCUUCAAAGAGGAGGGCAUGCUCGGCCUCUACGGCGGCAUGACCCCGCAUCUGCUCCGGACAGUCCCUAGCGCGGCCAUCAUGUUCGGCAUGUACGAAAGCAUCCUCCGCCUUCUCGGUGCUACGGCAUAA